UGCCCCGCGCCGUGCCGCGGUGCGUUGUGGGCUCGCAAAGAUGGCGGCGCUCAGCGCGGGCCGGGCGGCGGCGGCGGGUCUCCUGCGUGCCCAGAGCCUCGGCGUGUGGCGGGGGCUGGGCACCUCGGCCACGCUGCUGCAGCAAGCCCAGGCCAAGUCCCACAGGGCUGAGGGGACAUUCCAGGUGACAAUGCUGCCGGGGGACGGCGUGGGCCCGGAGCUCAUGCACGCCGUCAAGGAGGUCUUCAAGGCUGGCAAUGUCCCCGUGAUCUUCGACGAGCACCACCUGAGCGAGGUGCAGAACACGGCGUCCGAGGAGAAGCUGGAUCGGGUGGUGGACUCCAUGAAGGAGAGCAAGGUGGCCCUCAUUGGGAAGAUCCACACACCCAUGGAGUACAAGGGAGACCUGGCGUCCUAUGACAUGAGGCUCAGGAGGAAGCUGGACCUGUUUGCCAACGUGGUGCACGUGAAGAGCCUCCCGGGCUACCAGACCAGGCACAACAACCUGGACCUGGUGAUCAUCCGCGAGCAGACCGAGGGCGAGUACAGCUCCCUGGAGCACGAGAGUGUCAAGGGGGUGAUCGAGUGCCUGAAGAUCAUCACCAGGGCCAAGUCCCAGCGCAUCGCCAAGUUCGCCUUCGACUACGCCACCAAGAAGGGCCGGGCCAAGGUGACAGCUGUGCACAAGGCCAACAUCAUGAAGCUGGGGGAUGGGCUGUUCCUGCAGUGCUGUAAGGAGGUGGCUGAGCUGUACCCCAAGAUCAAAUUCGACACCAUGAUCAUCGACAACUGCUGCAUGCAGCUGGUGCAGAAUCCCUACCAGUUCGACGUCCUGGUGAUGCCCAACCUCUACGGGAACAUCGUGGACAACUUGGCCGCGGGGCUGGUGGGCGGCGCCGGCGUCGUGCCCGGCGAGAGCUACAGCGCCGAGUACGCCGUGUUCGAGCUGGGAGCCCGGCACCCCUUCGCCCAGGCCGUGGGCAGGAACAUCGCCAACCCCACGGCCAUGCUGCUCUCGGCCUCCAACAUGCUGCGGCACCUCAACCUGGAAUACCACUCCAACAUGAUCUCGGACGCGGUGAAGAAGGUGAUCAAAGGUGGAAAAGUCCGGACUCGGGACUUGGGCGGUUACUCCACCACUUCCGACUUCGUCAAGUCCGUCAUUGACAACCUGCACCCCAACUAUGGGGCUUAGGACCCCCAGCAGCUCCCCCAGCGCCUCGGCCCCCUCCCCAAAUACCCCCCCAGUGCCCCCCGGGGAGGAGGGCGGCCCAGGAACCCUUUACCUUUCCCCAUCCCCCACAGGAGGCGGCCAGUGCGGAUUUUGGGGUUUACUGGGGUGGUUCUGGGGGAUGGGGCAGCGCCCCAAACUCAUAGGCAGCUCCUAGGGACAUUGGGACCACCCACCAUGGCUCUGGGACCCCCAUUCCCAUGGGAUUCCCCGUUACUGGAUUGACAUCCCUGUGAGAACAGGUCCUUGUGACUGUGGGACCCCAUUCCCAUGGGAUCCUUGUGACUGUGGGACCCCCAUUCUUAUGGGGUCAUUUUGACUGUUGGACCAAUGGGAUUUUGUGGGAUCCCCAUUCCCAUGGGACCCCCAUUCCUACGGGGUCGUUGUGACCGUUGGACCAAUGGAAUUGCGGGGUUCUCACGGGACCACCACAACUGUGGGACCCCCACUCCCAUGGGAUCCUUACGGAUGUGGGACCAGUGUGAUUGUGGGAUCCCUGUGACCCCAUUCCCGUGGGAUCCAUCCCAUCCAGCUUCCAGCAAUAAACAGGGCGACACCGCCCACCCUCCACCCCCUUGGCAGCUGCUGGCACAGGGUCCCCACGCAGGGACAAUUCCAGGCGUGGGGUGACCUCAGAACACUCCGGAUGUGGGACAGGCUGGGGAGCUGCACCCUGUGCCCCCCAAUCCGUGGGAAUCGGGGACUUGCAGGGCUCUGAGCCACAGCUGGGAGUGGAUCCCGUGGGCCCUGUGCCCAGGCUGGUGCCACGCCGGGGCUCGGGGCCGUGCCAUCGCGUCGUGCUCUGUAUUCUGCUUUGCUAAUAAAGGGUCCAACGCUUC